AGGGAGGACCAUUGUUUACCAUGGCGACGGGGACGCUUCUAUUUGUUGUCGAUGGGCGCAAAGUGUGUUUAACAUUGUUUCUGUUUGUAUUCAUAGAUAUACUUCACAGUCAGCAGUUUAUAAUCCCCUUUAAGGGUCCUUCAGAUUGUGGUGUGGACGAAUUCUUCGAUAUUUCCAGUUUGUCGUGCACGAGGUGUGGUUCAAACCAACUGCAGAGUCCAACAGGACUGACUUGCAUUUGCAAAACUGGGUACAAAACCAUCAGCAUCAACACUGAUAAAGUACCCAUUAUUUGUGAGCAGUGUCAAACCGACAAGCCUGCUGUAACAAAAGAUGGAUUUGGGUGCAUUCGCUGUCCAGGCGGGAUUGGUGAUGAGGGGCAAUGUCUGUGCCCACAGGGCACUAUUGUUGUGGAAAGAGAUAUCAAUGGAAACUUUUUGGAUGAGGCCAGAUGUGAGCCAUGCAAUGGAAACAGUCCUGCUCUGUCUGCACCAAACAACAGAGGACACAGAUGUGAGAGAUGUCAUGCUACCUUCAUUAACACCUCAUGUGUGUGCACAUCUCCCAAUGUCCUGGCAGGAGGAUUAUGUUUCUCUCCGGGUAGCCUUUCCACUAAUGUGGAUCCCAGCAUCAAUUUUGCUGAGUUGAAGUUCAGUGUCCUUUCAGCCUGGUUGGUGGACAACCUCUACGCCUCUUCAGCAGCAUGCCUUGUGUCCUCCAACCUGACUGCGUGCCAGGCUCUGGGAAACAUGUGUGUGAUGAACAUGCACUCCUUUAGCAGCGUAUCCACUGAUGCUUGUGGUCUCUUCAAUACUAUCUUCAGAUCAAGGGCUGCUCUGAGCUCAGUUCAAGACAUUUCUUACUGGAGAGCUAAUCUGCCAUGGCUUUACUAUGGGGACGAACCGGGGCUGGCCGUUAGAGUGCUUCAAACUGAUCCUGUUCCCUUGUCAUUCAGUUUCAGAGGGACAAAAAAGAACACUGAUAUUCAACUGCUUGCUGCUGUUUAUAACGUCAGGGGAGAGUUCCUUAGAUGGGAGCAAAUAGGAGGAAGUAACCUGCAGCUUUGCCAAGAACGAGGCACUAAACAGGCAGCAGCCUUCAGCUUUGGAACUGCUUAUCAAGACAGUUGUGCUCUUUCAGUUGCAGAACUGUUUAACAGCCAUCCCGAGCCAUUGUUCUACGAUGUGUUUAUGGACCUGGGUGGAGGAGAGAAAAGAAAACUUCUUCCUUUGCCGACACUUGUCAAAAAUCAGCAGUACAAUGGGCGGUUCAUAAACCAAGAGAGCAUGAAGAAUUGGUACCUGUCUCGACGUAUGUUUCUUGUGGAUACACUGAGUGGAAGAGAGAAGACCAAAAACUCUUUGCCUAAAGUAAUCCGUGUGGCCACCAGCAUUAAAUUAAGGUUCCAGUUGGUUCCACGAACCCAGGAGGGACAGAUAUUUCCUCCUCUGAUGACUGUGACCUACUCAGACGUUCCCAUCCUGGACAUCAGUUCUCAAACUGUCUAUACUACUUUUGCUGUGGAGUAUGAGAUGGAUCAGAGCGAGGCUCGCACUAAGACAGAUACGGCUCUCGGCGUGAUGGGUGGGGUGGCCGUGAUCUACUCCCUGCUGAAGACGGUCAGCUGGAAGAGAAGGAUUUCUUCUCCUCUCAUCGAUUUGGAGACGAUGCUGAAGUUUCUGUUGUUUUACGCUGGUGAUCUCGCCAACGUUUUCUUUGCUGUCACUGUGGGAACUGGACUUUACUGGCUCAUCUUUUACAAGGCCCAACAGUUCGUAUCAGUGCUGCUGCCGCUGCCUACUCAGGAGGAGCAGUUUGUCACCUACAUUGGUUGUGCCUUUGCUCUGAAGGCUGUCCAGUUUCUCCACAAGCUGAUACUCCAGGUUUCAGUCGAUAUAUUCCUGAUUGACUGGGAGAGACCACGAAGCAAAGCUAACAGAACUGUGCAUGCUUCCGGGGAGACAAAGCGUGACCCUUCACCUAUCAGCAUCUGGAGGACUUACUUUGUGGCCAAUGAAUGGAAUGAGCUCCAAACCAUCCGCAAGAUCAGCCCUACUUUUCAAAUUAUGGCUGUGCUCUUCUUUCUUGAAGUGCUUGGUUUCUCUAACUUGGCCUUGAGAGACCCUUGGGCAGCUUUGGAGCGCUCCCCACAGGCAUACACCCCUCCUUACAGCCUGAUUUUGCGCUAUGGUCUGGCAGCCACACUUUGGCUGUGUAUUGGGCUUCUACAGAUGAUUUUCUUCACAGUCUUCUAUGAGCACUUUGUGGAGGACAAAAUCCGCCAAUUUGUGGAUCUGUGCUCCGUCAGUAAUAUUUCUGUGCUGCUCUUCUCCCAUCGCUGCUUUGGCUACUACAUCCAUGGGCGUUCCGUACAUGGCCAUGCAGAUACAAACAUGGAGGAGAUGAACAACAAUCUGAAGAGAGAACGUGAGUCACUGUGUGGUCAACGCGGUCUUCUUCCCAACACAGACAUUCAGACUUUUCAGGUGUCUUUUACUAACAGACUGAGACUGCAGUAUGACAGGAUACAGGACUCACUCAGCAGGAGAAACCGACCGUCGCGGCUGAUGGAUGCAUCCACAGCCAACUUGUCAGAUGUGCAGUUCAGAGCCUACAACACCAUGAACCAUUUCCUGGGAUCCGUUAUAGACCAUGCCCAUCCUGACAUGGACUACAUAGUGAAGGACAAGUUGACGUUGGAGAGGGUCAUAGGGAUGGAGUUCCUCGAAGCAAGUGAAAAGACCAUAUUUUACAAUGAUGAGGCCCAUUCCUUCAGUGAUGUGCUCUUUUAUGGAAAUGAAGCCACGCUGCUGAUUUUUGACACUUUGUUCUUCUGUGUGGUGGACCUGGGAUCUCAGAGCUUUGUGCUUGCAGCUGUGCUGACAUACGUACAGCAGAUGAUAUUCGGCUUCAUCCGUAACACUCUUGGAAGAAAAAACCUUGCCAAUAAAACUCUGGUGGAUCAGAGAUUUCUGAUAUAACUGUCGUCUUUUAUGGGAAAGUUUCAGUUCUGAGAUGUUUACUGUUCACAGCUUGUGAAUAAUGUUCUGUUUUUGCUUUUUCCCAAAAUUUCUUUCUCUACUGUUUUAUGAAGCAAAUAUAUUUGAAAAUAUUGUUGUGCUUUUUUACUGAUUAAAUUGUUUUUAUAUGAG